AUGGAAAGAAACUCAAACCAGAGUGAAAGUUCGUCGUCUGCUAAUAGUUCUGUAGAAUUAAAAACACUUCUGCUUGAAAACACAUCCAAUAAUUAUAUCCUUCCCGAGCUAGAACAAGAUGGAUUUAUUACACCUGAUAGAAUAGUAGAAGAACUUAUUAAUAAAGAUUUGACUAAAAUCGAAAAUUUAUUUGCUCUAAAAUUACUUUUUAAAAAUCCACUUAAUCAAUUUUCGCCUGGAAUCCUUCGUAAUUCUUUAGUUACUUUAGCGGAUCCGACACCUUUUGAUAAUUAUGAUAAAUUAAGUGUGUCUAGGUUAGAGUUACAUAUUCGUACCUGGGUUGCUGUAUUAGAAAAAAUUUGCGUAACACCAAUGCGCUUAAGUAAAGAACUUCGAGGUGAAGUUUAUAAUUCUUUAGCAAAAUUCGCAGAAAUUCAUAAGAAAACAACUCAAGUAAUGCAUGAAGGAAUUGAUAAAAAUUAUAAGUCUGGAUUUAAUCAAUUCAAUCAAUUACAGGAUAAUAAAGAUGAAGGUAUUAUAAAUAAACGAAAUUAUAAUAUUGACUUCUUAUUAAUUCACUUACGGGAUACAAUACAUAGUUUACGUGAUGAUGAGACUUGGUUUCAAGAAAUUAUACGAAGAACCAAGGAAUUGCUUAAGGCUGUAUUGAAUAUUACACCAGGAGUCUUAUCAACAGUAACACCUGGAGUUGCUCUUCCAAAUGAUAAUAGUACAAUCUUAUCAAUGCUCACUCAAUUACGUAAAGGAUUAAAAUUUAAAUAUCCAGUAGCAUCAUAUUAUGUAGAUUGGAGAAUUAUGUUGAUUAUUCAACAUAAUUUAUCCAACUGGUCUGGUGGUACUGAAAAUAUAAUUAGUAAAAAAUUUCAAGAAAUGAUAUUAAUGGAAUACUUUUGGAGUUAUUUGGAAAAAGAAUGGAUUGAUGUUGAUAAUAAAUCCAUUUUAGAUUCUCAAUCAAAAUUUGAUGAAGUAUCAAAUAAACUUGUUAAAGUUUUAAGAAAUACUGGAAGUUUUAUCAACGAUCUUGCUGGAAAUGAACCUCUUGUUUUACCACAUACUUUAUGGUUUGGAAUAUUAGAUCUUGCACAAAAUCUUAUUCAAAAUUCUAUUCGAGUAUCUACACAUGGUCUAUGCUAUUAUUUAGCAAUUGAAUCACUUAAUAGAGCUCCAAGCAGUUUCAUUCAAUUUAAAGCAAUUGAAAUAUUAUUUCAUUUAAAUAAUAUUAAUAAUAAAAUGUUUUCAAUAAUUGAAAUUGACUUUAAUCAAUACAUUCAAAAAUUCAAUGAAAGCAAUUCUACAACAGAUUCCUCAGAAAAAUUUCAAAAUUUGUUAACAUUUGUUAAUAAAAAGUGCACAGAAGAUUUUAAUCUAUUAAAUUAUAAUAUUGAAAAAGGAAAGGGAAAAGGAAAAGAAAAAACUUCAUCAAUCCAAUAUACAAACUUAACAAAAAAAAUUUCAAAAUUGGGCGAAAUUUUAGAAAUGAUUGCAAAUGAAAUGACAUGCCCAAUUGAUCAUGAACCAACAGAUCAAUUAUGUGUUUUAAAAUGUCAACAUAUAUUAUCAUUUAAUAAUUUAAAAAAAUUGAAACAGAAAAAUUGCCCUAAAUGUCGAGAAAAUAUUGAGGAUAAUGAUAUUAGAUAUUUACCACAAAAUGUUAUUUAUAAACAUUUAUAUUCACAAUUUUUUGAAGCUGGACAUAUUUACCUUCAAUUGAAAUGGAAAAUUCAACAAAUAACCAAUAUGAUAAUGAUUCAGCACCCAACAUAUCUAAAUGCUAUUAAAGGAUUGAAAGAAAAAAAUUAUAAAAAUGCUGAACAUUGGUGUAAAGAAUUUCUUAAAACUUAUCCAGAAAGUUAUUCUAUGAAAUGUAUUUUAGCUUAUACUUAUACAUGUCUCAAUAAUUAUGAACAAGCACAUUUAUAUUUAAAUGAAGCUAUUAAAUUAAAAGAAAAAAAACCUACUGCUUGGUAUAUUCGUGGAAAAAUCCAAUUAAAACAAGGCAUUUAUAAUGAUGCAGUAAAAGAUUUAACAACUUCAAUUUAUUAUAAUGCUAACAUAAAUAAUUUAUAUACAAUUCUUGGAAUUAGUUAUUAUAAUAAUAAUAAUGAUGAAUAUGCAUUAAAAACUUUUAAUAUCAUGUUGAAAAAUGAUCCUAAUAAUUAUUUAUGUCUUAAGUAUUGUGCUUACAUUUAUGAAAAGCAAGGAAAAUUCUCAGAUACUUUAAAAAAGUUAAAAAAUUUACUUAGUAUAAAUGAGAAAGAUUCAUUAAUUUUAUGUUAUCAUGGAGAAAUUUUAAGUAAAAUGAAAAAGUAUGAUAGUGCUAUACCAUAUUUUACAAAAGCAAAUAAUAUAGAUCCAGCAAAUGUUCAUAAUUUUACUAAGAGAGCUAUUAUAUAUUAUAUUCUUCAAGAAUAUGAUAAAGCUUUAUUGGAUUUUAAUAAUAUCAUACAAUUAGAUACUUCAAAUAUUUUAGCAUAUUAUUAUUUUUGGUUAUAUAUGUGUAAAUCAUAUAUUAUUAAUUAUUAUACUCAACUUGGAAUUACUAAUAACUUUGAUCUCUAUAUGUAUAGAGACUGUUUUAUUAGAUUUAUAGUUGAAGAAAGUACACAAAUAGAGUAUGUUCGAAUUACUAAGGAUUAUCAUAAAGAACGAACUUAUUUUCCUAAAAUGGAUCAUUUAUUACCAUUUUACGCAAAUAAUGUUCCAGAAACUUUUAAAGACAAAUAUUUUUUAAGAAAAGAAACAGAAAAUUUGCUUGAAUUAAAAGACAUUAUUAAUAACCUAUAA